AUGGCCCGCUCGGGUGCGCGGCGGCACCUGAGCUCCACGCCUGUCCGAUCUGCCGGUGGUGUCGUGAGGCUCACCUCGGAAGCCUAUCCCAACAUUGUCCGGGACGAGCGCUUCGCCCAAGUGACGGCCGAAGACGUAGCUUUCUUCAAGGACGUUCUCGGGAGCGACUCCGCCCUCAUCGACGGCGUCACGUCGGAGGCGGCCGAUAUCGCCGACGAUAUCGCGCCCUUUAACGAGGACUGGAUGCGCAAGUAUCGCGGACAGGGUCGCCUCGUGCUGAAGCCCCAGACGACCGAGCAGGUCAGCCGCAUCCUCGCGUACUGCAACGACAAGAAGCUAGCGGUCAUCGUGCUGAACCUGAGCCGCAUGAACAACGUCAUCUCCUUUGACGAGGUGAGCGGCGUCCUCGUCAUCGACGCCGGCGUCAUCCUCGAGGUCGCGGACCAGUACCUCGCCGAGCGAGGCCACAUCUUCCCUCUGGAUCUGGGCGCCAAGGGUUCCUGCCAGGUCGGUGGUAACCUUGCUACCAACGCCGGUGGUCUUCGCCUCUUGCGCUACGGCAACCUGCACGGCACGGUCCUUGGCAUCGAGGCCGUACUUCCGGAUGGCACUGUCGUGGACGAGCUAUCGACCCUUCGCAAGAACAACACGGGCUACGAUCUCAAGCAGCUCUUCAUCGGGGCCGAAGGUACCAUUGGAGUCAUCACCAAGGUCGCUAUCCAGUGCCCUCAACGGCCCAAGGCCGUCAACGUUGCCUUUUUCGGGUUGGAAUCUUUCAAGCACGCUCGCCUCGCGUUCCGGGAGGCCAAGUCCCAGCUCUCCGAGAUCCUGUCGGCCUUUGAGCUCAUGGACGCAACGAGCCAGAAUAUCGUACAACACGUCACGGGCUAUACCAGACCCCUCGACGGCGACUACCCGUUCUACUGCCUCGUCGAGACGAGCGGCUCCAACGGCGAACACGACUACGCCAAGCUCGAGGCCUUCCUCGAAGACGUCAUGAGCAAGGAGAUUGUGCUGGACGGCGUCGUGGCCCAGGACGAGACCCAGGCGCAGACCCUUUGGAAGUGGCGCGAAGGUGUCCCCGAGGCGCUGGGCCACGUCGGCGGCGUGUACAAGUACGACGUUUCCAUCCCGCUCGAGGAAAUGUACCAGCUCGUGGAAGACACCAAGGCGAGGAUCCAAGAGGCCGGUCUUCUCAACGAGGAUCUUGCCGAUACCGCCUCGGCCGCUGAGCACCCCGUCUCCGCUGUGGUGGGCUACGGCCACAUGGGAGAUUCCAACCUUCACCUCAACGUUUCUACGAGGGUCUACGACAAGCGCGUUGAGAAAAUCCUCGAACCCUUUGUGUACGAGUGGAUCCAGAAGCGCAAGGGCAGCAUCAGCGCCGAGCAUGGCCUCGGCGUUGCGAAGAAGGCCUUUAUCGGCUAUAGCCGCAGCGAUACCAUGGUGAAGUUGAUGAAGCAAAUCAAGGACCUCUAUGACCCGAACGGCAUCAUGAACCCGUACAAAUACAUAUAG